AUGAGAAAGAGAGUUAUUGCUCGGCCAGUGGGCAGCUCUGUCCGGCUCAAGUGCAUUGCCAGUGGGAACCCAAGGCCGGAGAUCACCUGGCUAAAGGAUAACAAACCACUGUCUACUCAAGAGAUCGGUGAGAACAAGAAGAAGAAAUGGACACUCAAUCUGAAGAGCCUUAAACCAGAGGACAGUGGGAAAUACACCUGCCAAGUCUUUAAUCGAGUGGGGCAGAUCAACGCUACAUAUAAGGUGGAAGUGAUCCAGAGAACAAGAUCAAAGCCAAUACUUACUGGCAAUCACCCUGUUAAUACCACAGUGGAUUUUGGAGGCACCACCUCUUUCCAGUGUAAAGUGCGCAGUGACGUCAAGCCAGUGAUCCAGUGGCUGAAGAGAGUAGAGUACGGCUCGGAGAAUAAAUACAAUUCCACCAUUGACGUGGGUGGACAGAAAUUCAUCGUCCUGCCCACCGGUGAUGUGUGGUCACGGCCUGACGGUUCCUACCUGAAUAAACUUAUCAUCACAAGGGCCAAAGAAGAAGAUGCAGGAAUGUACAUCUGCCUCGGGGCCAACACCAUGGGAUACAGUUUCAAAAGUGCAUUUCUGACAGUACUGCCAGAUCCGAAGCCCCCAAGUGCACCUGUGAGCAUAUCGUCCAGUAGUCUUCCUUGGCCAGUGAUAAUCGGCGUUCCAGCCGGAGCUGUCUUCAUAUUUGGGACAAUUCUUCUGUGGCUUUGCCAGACAAAGAAAAAGCCAUGCUCUCCUCCUGCAGCGGCAGCUGCUGUCCACAGGCCGCAGCCAAGGGUUUGCAUACCACAGAUGGUGGACAAAGACUGCAUCUCCUCCAUAAACUAUGAGGAGUAUGUUGCGCAACAGCAGCAUUUACUUCCCCAAGGACCUCUUUUGGCCAAUGGAGUGGCAUCAAAAAUGUACCCAAAGAUUUACACAGAUAUCCACACCCAUACGCACUCUCACGUGGAAGGAAAGGUUCACCAGCAUCAACACAUUCACUAUCAGUGUUAA